AUGGAACCCCCAUUAUCCAACAUCAACGAAUGUCAUAUUCUUCGCUCGGAAGUAGCAUUAGCAGUGAAAUCCCUGAAAAGGGGGAAAUCAGCCGGAGUUGACAACAUUCCUUGUGAACUUCUACAGGCUGGGGUUGACAACAUUCCUGGUGAACUUCUACAGGUCGGAGUUGACAACAUUCCUAGUGAACUUCUACAGGCCGGAUUUGACAACAUUCCUUGUGAACUUCUACAGGCCGGAGUUGACAACAUUCCUUGUGAACUUCUACAGGCUGGAGUUGACAACAUUCCUGCUGAACUUCUACAGGCCGGAGUUGACAACAUUCCUGGUGAACUUCUACAUGCUGGGGUUGACAACAUUCCUGAUGAACUUCUACAGCCCGGAGUUGACAACAUUCCUGAUGAACUUCUACAGGCCGGAGUUGACAACAUUCCUGGUGAAUGUCUACAGGCUGGAACUGACACCAUUCCUGGUGAAUGUCUACAGGCUGGAACUGACACCAUUCUUGGUGAACUUCUACAGGCCGGAGUUGACUAUAUUCCUGGUGAACUAAUACAGGCUAGAGCUGAUCAUUCAUGGUGA